CAAAAGUAACAAAAAAAAAAACAACAAAAAAAAACAAAGGAGUGAAGGAAUUCACCUUAAAGCGUUUAGACGUUUGUUUUUAUUCUUUUUUCGUAAAACGUUUUAGUUAGAGUCGAGCACCAAGGUUGAGUUGGAUCAUAAUGGGUUUAGAUAACGUUUGUUUAUUAUAAAAGCUGAUAUGUGAGGAGUCGAGGGGGGGAGGAAAAAGGAGGCACAGGAAGAAGGAAAGGAGGGGGGGGCCCCGAGGUCUUAAUUAUACCAGAUCGGUGUGUGCUUGGUCGUGUGUGGCGAAUAAAGGGGAGAAAUUGAUACUGUUAUUGCAUUUUAUUAUUUUUGGAGUAUUUUAACAGGGAGGGUGGUUACUUCGGUUGUUGCGGUGGUUUGAUUAUUAGAUGGCUACACAGAGGAAGAGGCCUCUGUAGUGAAAUUACAAGGGCAGCAGCAGCAUCUUGUGGUGGUGUCUCAGGCAGGCGUGGAAAGAAAGUGCGUUGUUGUUAGUUGACACGGAUCAUCAUCAUCAUCAUCAUCAUCAUCCUCAUCAUCCUCCUCCUCCUCCUCCUCAUCCUCCGGCCUGCUGAGAAGCGAAGCCGGGCGCUGGAGUUUGCAACAGAGGACUCACCAUGGCGGUAAAUCUGGACAAGGACGCGUACUACCGCCGGAUCAAAAGAUUGUACAGCAACUGGAAGAAAGGAGAGGAUGAGUUUGGCAAAGUCGACGCCAUCGUGGUGUCUGUCGGGGUGGAUGAGGAGAUUGUGUACGCCAAAUCCACAGCCAUACAGACCUGGCUGUUUGGCUACGAGUUGACAGACACCAUCAUGGUGUUCUGCGACACCAAAAUCAUCUUCCUCGCCAGCAAGAAGAAGGUGGAUUUCCUCAAACAGGUGGCUAUAACGAAAGGCAACGAGAACGCCAACGGUGUCCCGCCCAUCACCCUGCUCACCAGGGAAAAGAAUGAAAGCAACAAGGCCAACUUUGACAAGAUGAUCGAGGCGAUCCGAGGCAGCAAAGAAGGCAAGGCGGUGGGAGUCUUCAGCAAGGACAAAUUCCCCGGAGAGUACAUGAAGAGCUGGAACGACACAAUCACUGCUGAGGGACUGGUGAAGGUGGACAUCAGCGCUGUGGUUGCGUAUACAAUGGCGGUGAAGGAAGACGGGGAGCUCGGCCUGAUGAAGAAGGCAGCGGCCAUCACCAGCGAGGUUUACUCAAAGUUCUUCAAAGAGCGCGUCAUGGAGAUCGUUGACGCAGAUGAGAAAGUGCGUCACAGUAAGCUGGCCGAGUCGGUAGAGAAGGCCAUCGAGGAGAAGAAGUACCUGGGCGGUGCCGAUCCUUCCACAGUGGAGAUGUGUUAUCCUCCCAUCAUUCAGAGCGGAGGAAACUAUAGCCUCAAGUUCAGCGUUGUCAGCGAUAAGAACCACAUGCACUUCGGUGCCAUCACGUGUGCCAUGGGGAUCCGCUACAAGUCGUACUGCUCCAACCUGGUGCGAACCCUCAUGGUGGACCCCCCUCAGGAGAUGCAGGACAACUACAACUUCCUGCUGCAGGUGGAGGAGGAGCUGCUCAAAGAGCUCAAACACGGUGUCAAACUCUGCGACGCCUACAACGCUGUUCUGGAGUACGUGAAGAAGGAGAAGUCAGACCUUGUAUCAAAGCUGACCAAAAACCUCGGCUUUGCAAUGGGAAUUGAGUUCAGAGAAGGCUCGUUGGUUUUGAACACUAAAAACCAGUACAAACUGAAAAAAGGCAUGGUGUUCAGCAUCAGUUUGGGUUUUGCUGACCUCGUGAAUAAAGAUGGCAAGAAGGAAGAGCAGAAAAAGUAUGCCUUGUUUAUUGGCGACACAAUACAGAUCAAUGAGGAAGAGGCUGCCACGAUACUCACACCAGUUAAGAAGAAGAUUAAAAAUGUGGGAAUUUUCUUGAAGAAUGACGAUGAGGAGGAUGAGGAGGAAGACGGCGACGACGCCGAGGAGCUGCUGGGGAAGGGAGCUCGGAGUGCAGCGCUGCUCGCAGACAGAACCAGAAAUGAGAUGACGGCGGAGGAGAAGAGGCGGGCGCACCAGAAGGAGCUGGCCAAUCAUUUGAACGAAGAAGCCAGGCGUCGUCUGACGGAGCAGAAGGGAGAGCAGCAGAUUCAGAAGGCCAGAAAAUCUAACGUGUCCUAUAAGAACGUCUCUCAGAUGCCCAGAGAAAAAGACAUCAGAGAAAUGAAGAUCUUCAUUGACAAGAAGUACGAGACUGUCGUCAUGCCCGUUUUCGGUAUCGCCACACCGUUCCACAUCGCCACCAUUAAGAAUAUCAGUAUGUCUGUAGAAGGAGACUACACCUACCUUAGGAUCAACUUCUACGUCCCUGGCAGCUCUCUGGGACGACAGGAGGGAAAUAUCUUCCCCAACCCUGACGCCACAUUUGUCAAAGAAAUCACGUACCGAGCGUCCAACCUGAAGGCUCCCGGCGACACGUCGGUGCCCUCGACCAACCUGCAGAACGCUUUCCGCAUCAUCAAGGAGGUACAGAAACGCUACAAGACGCGAGAGGCCGAAGAGAAGGAGAAGGAGGGCAUUGUCAAGCAAGAUUCGCUGGUCAUCAACCUCAACCGCAGCAACCCCAAGCUCAAAGACCUCUACAUCAGACCCAACAUCGCACAGAAGAGGAUGCAGGGAUCGCUGGAGGCACAUACUAAUGGUUUCCGUUUCACGUCAGUCCGCGGUGACAAAGUGGACAUCCUUUACAACAAUAUCAAACACGCCAUCUUCCAGCCAUGUGACGGGGAGAUGAUCAUUGUACUGCACUUCCACCUCAAGAACGCCAUCAUGUUCGGUAAGAGACGCCACACAGACGUCCAGUUCUACACGGAGGUCGGGGAGAUCACCACAGACUUGGGCAAACACCAACACAUGCACGACCGGGACGACCUGUACGCCGAGCAGAUGGAGCGGGAGAUGAGGCACAAGCUCAAGUCGGCCUUCAAGAACUUCAUCGAGAAGGUGGAGACGCUGACUAAAGAGGAGCUGGAGUUCGAGGUGCCCUUCAGAGACCUGGGGUUCCAGGGUGCCCCCUACAGGAGUACCUGCCUACUACAACCAACGUCCAGUUCCCUUGUCAAUGUUACUGAAUGGCCACCGUUCGUCGUCACUCUGGACGAGGUGGAGUUGGUCCACUUUGAGCGAGUGCAGUUCCACCUGAAGAACUUCGACGUGGUCAUUGUCUACAAGGACUACAACAAGAAGGUCACCAUGAUCAACGCCGUGCCCGUCAACUCCCUCGACCCCAUCAAGGAGUGGCUCAACUCGUGUGACAUCAAGUACACAGAGGGAGUCCAGUCUCUGAACUGGACCAAGAUCAUGAAGACCAUCGUCGAUGAUCCCGAGGGCUUCUUCGAGCAGGGAGGCUGGUCUUUCUUAGACCCGGAGAGCGAGGGAAGUGGUGCGGAGGAAGAUUCGGAAUCCGAAAUGGAGGAUGAAACGUUCAACCCGUCUGCAGACGAAGAGGAGGACGAGGAGGAAGACAGCGACGAGGAUUACAGCUCCGAGACAGAGGACUCUGACUACAGUGCGUCGCUGGGAAGCGAGGAAGAGAGCGGUAAAGACUGGGACGAGCUGGAGGAAGAAGCCAGGAAAGCUGACAGAGAAAGUCACUACGAGGAUGAGGACACCUCCAACAGGAAGAGAAAGGUCCGGUCAUCGGCUCCACCCAGCAAGAAGAAGCGACGGUCCUAAAUGUGUCUCUCUCACACACGCACACGCACACACACAAACACACAUACUGCCAAACCUAGCUGACCCUUGACCCUUCCUUCUACCCCAACAGGCUCUUUUUUUCACUCAUACACUUCACUCAAACACACACACGCUCAGACACACGAUGUGUAUAUAGACGUAGAAGCCCCUUAUUUUUGUGUUGGUCAGUGAAGUGUCAUGUUGAAAUGUUAAGAAAGAACCAGCAGGACGGUCACACACACACACUUCAUUCAUUAGCUUUUUUCCUCUUCAUUCCUUCCUCAUUCUCUUUUGUUUCCACCUCCCAUCUCCAUCCAUCCAUCCAUCAGGGUUUCAUGUUUGUGUGUGUGUGUGUGUGUGUGUGUGUGUGUGUGUGUGUGUGUGCGUGUGUGUGUCUGUAUGUGCGCGUGCGUGUGUGCGUGUGUGUUUAAAUGGGUUUUUAUUGCAAGCAUUGUUUAUUUUCUGUUUAAAAAGAUGAUUUUCUUAACUAAUGGAUAAUAAAAGACAAGACUUGACAUAUCCUCUGCCAAGUGUUUUAUAUAAAACUGAGAAGCUUAUGAAUCCCUCGCCCCUCUGUCCUCUCCACCUCCUCAUCUACAUUUCACUUUUCCCUCAUGUUUUCUUCAGUGUUUGUUAAAUUGUGGAAAUAAGAUGGAACAUUUUGUCUUUUUUUUGAAAGGGGGGGGCAGAUGCACAUUUUCUGAUUAAUUUUUUUUAAAAUGGGUUUGUAAACGUAUGCAGACAGGCACACACACAUACACACUGUCUCCAUCGCACUUGUCCUCCUCUUUGUCCCUAUUUUGUUCUUUCGCAGUAGCUAUGUUGUACUGUUAAUUCUGAAAAAUCCUGUUUUUGUUUUUGUAAUAAAAUUAAAAGGAACUGUAGUUUGUUUCCAA